AAUCAGUUACUCGCAAUGGCAGCCAAGUUUGCAGUUGUCGCUCUUCUGUUCGGUGUCGCAUCCGCCGGUCUUUACGACGGUGUCGGAUUGGGUGGUGGGCACUUCGGCGGUCACCAAGGUUUCUCCAAUGUUGGUUUUGCUGCACCUGUUGUACAUGCUGCACCCGUUGCAGUUUCCGCCCCCGCAGUCCACGCUGUAGCCGCCCCGGUUGCGAAAGUGGCCCAUGUCGAAUAUGUCGACUCUCAUCCAUCAUACAAAUUCGAAUACGGAGUCCACGACGCCCACACCGGUGAUGUUAAAAGUCAAUCAGAAGAAAGAGAAGGAGAUGUUGUCCACGGCAGCUACUCCCUCGUCGAACCCGACGGUUCCAAGAGAGUAGUCGAAUAUACCGCCGACCCCCACAACGGAUUCAACGCCGUCGUACACAGGGAACACAACGCUCACCCGGCUGUUGCUAAAGUCGCUGUUGCCGCGCCUGCAGUACACGCUGCUCCAGUCGCCCAAGUAGCCGUAGCUACUCCAACUGUACAUGCUGCACCUGUAGCUUACGCCGCCCCCGUCGCUAAAGUGGCUUACGCCUCUCCCGUUUACCACUCUGCCCCUGUUGUCCACGCUGCUCCUGCUGUCCACGCUGUCCACGCUGUUCAUGCCGCCCCCGUAGCUCACCACGUCGACUACCACGACCCUCACCCAGAAUACAAAUUCGAAUACGGAGUCCACGAUGCCCACACCGGAGACGUCCACAGCCAAUCCGAAGAAAGGCACGGUGAUGUCGUCCACGGCAGCUACUCCCUCGUCGAAGCCGACGGAACCAAGAGGGUUGUCGAAUACACCGCUGACGACCACAACGGAUUCAACGCCGUCGUCCACAGGGAACACAACACUCACCCCGUCGUCCAGAAAGUAGCCUACGCUGCCCCCGUCGCCAAAGUAGCUUUCGCUGCCCCCGUCGCCAAAUACUCCGUCGCCGCCCCCGUCGUCUCCUAUGGAUACGGACACCACUAAAUACGAAAAUGCUCAAUUCUGUAUAUAAACAUUCUUUUUUAUUCAAAUAAACAUUUUUUAUUUAA